AUGGCUUCCAGUCCUCGAACACGACCAUCUUCUCAAAGCCCUAACCCUAAACCCACCAAAAACAAAACUUCUUCUUCUUCUCGUCCUUCUACAUCAUCCAGAAGUAUUCCUUUACAACCUUCCUCAAACUUAUUCCCUUCCUCUAAAUCAGAGUUUUCAAGGCUCAUCGCCGUCGUCGUUGUUGCCUCCGCCGUCGCAUUUUCCUGCAACUAUGUUUUCACCUAUCUCAAUAGCCAACCUAAACCUUUCUGCGACAGAAUUUCCGGUUUCGACGAUUCUCUCACUGACCUCUGUGAGCCUUGUCCACUUAAUGGAGUAUGUCAUGAGGGCAAAUUAGAGUGUGCUCAUGGCUACCGGAGGCUUGGGAACUUGUGUGUUGAAGAUUCAAAUAUAAACGAAGCAGCUAAAAAGCUUUCAAAGUUAGUAGAAGGUCUUCUUUGUGAAGAACAUGCUCAAUAUUCAUGCACUGGCACUGGCACUGUUUGGGUUCAAGGUAACCAAAUGUGGGAAAAGGUGAAUGGAUCUAAAAUAAUGGGUGAGUAUGGAUUGAGUGAGGCUGUUUAUGCUCAUGCCAUGAAAAGAGCAAUGGAGGCACUUCGCAACGUUUUAGAGACAAGACUGAAUGAUCAUGGAAUUGAAGAGCUGAAGUGUCCACCUUUGCUGGUCCUACAUUAUACACCAGUCUCCUGUCGCAUCCAGCGCUGGAUUCUUGAGCAUGCUUUGUUAUUGGUUCCAGCUUGUGCAUUGCUCCUGGGAUGCGUUUUCACAUUGUUAAAAUUCCGUCGGAGGUACCACUUGUCAGUUAAAGCGGAACAGAUAUAUAAUGAGGCUUGUGAUGUUCUUGAAGAGAAGGCAAUGAGUGCAAGAAGUAUGACUGGCGAGCAUGAACCUUGGGUGGUGGCAUCACUGUUACGUGAUCAUCUUCUAUCGCCCAAGGAAAGAAAAGAUCCAAUGUUAUGGAAAAAGGUUGAGCAGCUGGUUCAAGAAGAUUCUCGUCUAGAGAGAUAUCCGAAGAUGGUAAAAGGUGAAUGUAAGGUGGUCUGGGAGUGGCAAGUUGAGGGUUCUUUAAGCUCUUCGGGCAAGAGGAAGAAGGCCAAGGAAAUCAGGCUAGCAUCAGGUCAACAUACAAAUCUCUCUACUCAGCAAAGAAACUGGCCAUGGAAGGCCAAGGAGCCUGUGAAAUGCUGAGCUUUUAUCCUACAAUUGUGCCGCGUGUUUUUAGAUUGUUGUAUAGUAGUACCAUUCAUCUGGCAAAAUGCAGUUCCCAGUGUCACGCACUUAGGUACAUGAUACACAUCUCAGAAUAGCCUUGUAAAUCUAAUUAUUAGUCUUGUCUGCAUCAGAAAACACAAGAAUUUUGUCAAUAACAUAAUUCAUGCGGAAGCUUCAUUGGCCUUUAAAUGUGCUUUCUUUCUGUCACAUUUCUGUAUCACAUUGUGUUUGAUUUAUGAUUAUA